UAAUUUUUAAGCUUUUUAGAGACAAAGACAGAUCAUAAAUGUGGAUCAAGACAGUAGACAAGACAACUUUCCAUCAUGUCCAUGGCACAUAGCUCGAUAUAUGAUUAUUUCUGGAUUUUGAUGACAACACUGGCAUACUGGGUGGUAAAAUGUGAUAAGCUGGAUUUCUACUCAUUCCCUGUGUAUACCACAGUAUCAUGUCCUAGGAACCAAUCAGAUUGGAGAAGUAGGUCAUCUGCCAUAAACUGUACAGAGAAUAAUGGAUACAUGUGUAUACCCAAUGAGAACAUUACACAGCUGUUGGAGUUUUGCUACAGAUAUCCAAGGAUUCCAAUUGAAAAGGAUAUCUGUUUGAUACUAAAGAAAUCAACGUCUCUUGUUGACGCCUACAGCUGUAAACAAUUUAGAAACGGGUGUCCAGAUAAGCUGUACUGGAGCGAUGGAAUCUUGGAAUAUCCAAGUUGCCUAUCUAUUGGAAAUAGAUGUUUUCUUGAUGAGCCUCUUUGUAAAGAUGAAGGAAUUACUACCAUUGGACCUUCAGAAGUCACUCAAGGUACAACAAACGUCGACUUGGGAUCGACCAUCUUAAAUACAAGUUUAGGAAAUACCCCCAUCCCAGAUAUCGAUGGAAGUAAUACAUGGGUUUGGAUACUAGUAAUAGGAGUAUUUCUGAUCGUGUUCACACUAGUAUGUGUGCUUAUAUUCAUUAUCAGAAGAGGAAAUCUGAAGACUUUGGGCGAGAGGCACAAGGAGGAGGAGACCAUUCCCCUUAAAAUGGACAUCUCUGGAGAAAGAGAAUUUUUUAAAACGGAAGAAAUUCCACUCAUGGAAUCUAAAAAUGAAUUAAAGGAAACUGAAGGGAACCAAGAACUAAAUGACGAAUCUUUACUGUUGCCGGCCAAUAGAAAAACCUUGAACGAAGAAAAUAGUUUUGAAGACAGCUCUUUAAACAAUAUAAACAGAAAACAAUUUGAGGAAGAAAUAGAAGAAACGAAGCCUGAUGAUAAUUCCUUGUCAGAUUAUGCAGUGGAAGAACAGUGCGACAUACAAUGUAUAGAUGAAACCAGCAAGAUUGCAGACUUCCCAUCGAAAGAUGUUGGCAAAGAAGAAUAUUCUUCGUCGAAUAAAUACGAUAUAAGCAGUUACUUAGGCCAACAGGAGGGCAGUGAUAGAAUAAAUUCAGAAAAACUUAAGAUGGGUGAGGUUAAACUUUGA